CCCAACAGUAGCUAGCAGGUAGACGGAAAAGCAACAGCAAGGUGAGCUCGUAGAUAAUCCCGUGGCGGUGAUGGAUUUUAUUCAAGAGAGCUGAUUGAUUGGUGUCCACCUUUUCAGUAGUGACAGAAAAAAUGUCCAGUAGAAGCCAGCACUAUGGUUUACAGUCAGCCACCAUGGUGCAGCCUAGUAAUGGUGGCCGUACGUAUCUGUUUGGAAACAAUGGCUCAGAGAAUGACUUGUCGGAAGAAGAUGCAGAGAGUUAUGAACUUCGCCCACGUGGUAGAGAGAAGUUGCGGAGAAGUCCCUCCAGAGAGAGGAUGGACGAUAUUAUCUACCUGGCCAAAGAUAUCCUGGAAGGGGACACCCUGAACAGUAUUGCCCUGCAGUACCAUUGCUUGGUGGCUGAUAUUAAGCGUGCCAACAACCUUUUGACAGAGCAGGACUUCUUUGCCCUGAGGUCGGUAAAAAUCCCUGUGAAGCGCUAUAGCAUCCUCACCGAGACUCAUGGCACUGGUCCUCUCUCAUCUGCCUCCCCUACUGGGACUAGACGUCUGCCCCAGGCCUCACCUGUUACCUCCACUUCCCUUCCCUCUGAGUCUUCAACAGACUCUUCCUCCUCCACUGACAGUGUGGAGGGAUUCCUCCUGGAAAAGGACAAAGACAUAGAGCGGCUGGUGAAAUCUACUGGUCCAUCUCGGAGCAGCCUGAAUGAGGUUGUGUCCUCUUUAACACUACAACAACCACUGUUAGGAGCUGACUACAAACCGGUUCAGAGGAAGGACCCUUAUUAUGGGGCAGACUGGGGCAUGAGAUGGUGGACGGCUGUGGCCAUCAUGCUGGUUGUUGGUAUUGUCACACCUGUGUUUUAUCUGCUGUAUUAUGAGGUUCUUAUGAAAGCUGAUGUCAGCCACCAUGGGUCUCCCACACAACCACCUGGUAGUAUACCUCAGUGACAUCUUCAUGGCAAUGAUUUGGACAUUCAUGUUGGAGAGGACAGUCAUGCAGGGGCUGGCCCUGGACACCAUGCUGGAAAUGUUGCUGGACAUCCACAUGGACUUGGAUUGGACAAAGCAGAGACCACGAAAACACAUAGCAGGAAAUUCCAUUUUUACAUACUAGCCUCUUGCAGCUCAAAGAUGUAAUAUGGCUGGGUGGUGAUUCCACAUUUAUACAGUAGUUUUUAUCAACCUAAUGGUUUAAAGCAAUCUGUCUGACUGGGACAGUCACUUUAUAUAGGGAACAGUCAUUUUUUAUGGAGACUAAGAGUAAGGGUGUGUGUUGAUUUACAUUUAUUUGCUUUUUGUAAAUGGCAUUCAUGUGUUGAGAUUAGGUCCAUAAAUAUCUGCCAGAUGAAUGGAUUGAAGCUAAGAUGGGCAGACCUUUAAUACAAGGUUUCAAGUUGUCAUCUGUGUAGGAAAUAUGCACUGUAUCAGAGGUGAUGUUUUUAUCACCAUUUAUCAACUGUAAUGUUGAUGAGCUACACCCAGACUCAAAAGAACUGAAAGGCAGACAUAAAGCAACAUUUUUAUCGAAUUUCUUCUGUGCAGUGAUGAUUAGUGGACACACCUUAGAGAACUAUUAAUUCUGUGAAUUUGGUUAUACAGUAAAUUUUUGCCAUUUUCACAUUAGUAUGUUUCAAACACUUCAUUGUGAAGAAAAAUUUGUUGCCAUUGUGUAUAAUAUAGAUUUAUUACAGAACUACUCAGCAUAUGUUUUACUUACACUAUCAGUAUUAGAACCUAAGAAAUUUAAUUGUUUUUAAAUUUCUCUCCAUGUUGCUUGAAAUUUUGUCAUUCCUUUAGCUUGCCUGAAGAGACCUGCAAUUUUCUUUUCAGUGAACCUCCAACAGCGUUCUGAGGAAACUGGGAAAUGCGUGGCAUUUCCACAAAGGCUCAUACUUGUAAUUGUGAAAUCUCAGAAUUUGUUAUGUAGCCCUUUUUAUUUUAUCACUCAUUCAGCAUUUUAUGAAAAGCAUUGUGUUGUUGACAGUAUGUGCCUUUCAACCUGUGGAAAUGUACUACAGGUCAGAGAAUAAAUAAAUCUAUUUUAUUUAAAUUAU